GUCGCAUUCGCGAUCAAGUCCGGCAUGCAGCCGAGCGCCACCGGCGGCAACGUCGCAGACACACGACCACCGGCGUUAGAAUGGAGACCGUAUGGAGUCCUGCUACUAAGUGGCAACACCAAGGUAGAAAAGGCGGCAAAGGAGAAGCUUAUCACGGUGCUGAGUGGGUCGCUCACCCCUCGUGAACGAGGCGUGUUCAAGGUCGUCAAGCGGGUCGACUUGGCGCUGGACAGCAAGUCAGACCCAGAUGCGUUGGCAGCGGCAUUCUACAAAAUACUGGACCAAGACCGCGUCGAGUACACCACUCCAAAGCCACCACCUGCCACGGCUGCGGUCGUGCCGCCGUUGGCAACAGCCCCAUCAGCAGCAGCAACUCCCACAACGCCCCCCAUGAACACAGCCGCCAGGCCCGCGGCGCCAUCUCCAAACAUGUCAAAGCGAGAAACCACGAGAAAGAUAUCCGCACUCGACGCUUCCGCAGAGUCGGAGCCCGUGGAGGAGGAUCUGAUGGCGGCCGCUGAGGUUGCGUUGGAGACGGACCUUCGCACGGGCUCGCCGUCUCACAUUUAUGUGUUUGUCGACUACCCAGCGACCGUGGCCGAAGUUAAAAGCUUGGUGACGUUUAAGGUCACGAGUACUCCGCAAGACAGCGCUUUGAACCGACCCCCUACCAUCACAAGUUUGAUUGAUGGCGCGGUUCUUAUGACUGUGGCAGCUGCUAAAGACGAUAGCCGGCGUCAAAGUUUAGUCAGUAUUUCAGCUGUGGAGGCUACCCAAACUGCUGCUGUUGCGGCACCCGCCCCCAAAGCUACACCCCCACCGACGAAAGGCAAAAGUGGCAAGCAACCGCCGCAGCAGGUCACGCCACCUCCACAGCCAGCCCCGAUCCCUGAAGCUACGGCGCCGGCAGUCGUCGUGGCUGCUCCCGACAACCCGCAACCACCAACGGCCAAUGUAGUGGACAUUGGGGAAGUCAAUCGAUUCUUCAAAGACGUUCAAACCGCUGCCCAAUUGGGGGGAUUGGAGUGGACCGACUUGACGUUUGACGUAGUUGACUGUGGGGAUGGCCCCACGGGCGGGGAGGCGAAACCGCUGGUCACUCUGACCAAAGAGCUCAAGACGCUCUUGGCCAACUUGGCGGUCGACAAACUCGUGUUUAAGACGUGGCUCUCCAGUGUGCAAAUCAUUCCCGUGCCCACGACCGAGGUGCUGCCAGAGGCGACGCAACCGGACGCCCUCCAACGAGCAUAUGCCGACAUCUUGGACGUCCUGUAUGAGCCGAGCGUCGGAAUCUCGGCUAUAGUGUACGCCAUGACUGAAACCGUCGUGAAAUCGUUCGUCAAGCCCGUUGCACCGGCGGCAGCGCCGAGCAAGAAAAAGCAAUCAACUUCCGCAGUGGAGAUACCUACGGAAAAAACACCUGCGCCAAAAGCACCGAUACCCCCAAGUCCGCCUGCAUUUCCACCGUUUAUCGAGUACGGUGACAUUGCCAGCGUGCGGUUGGCGCGAGCGCUACACCAGUACUCGACCAAACAUCACUCGAUGCAGGCCGGCGAGCCUCGGACACUUUUGGGGCGACCGUUGGAUGAUCUCGAGAAGAGUCUGUGGCUUCUCAAUGACCUUCCUGGCGUCGGCCACGGGGGUCGCAAAGGGAUGCCGGGCGUCCCAACUAAGAGUUUUGUGGAGCGAAGCAUCGACGAUACAGAGCUCAUGCAAUUUCACUCUUUGGCGAUGGCUGAUGUGCACUAUACACGUAAAAUGAUUGAAUUUGAAGCUAUGCUCGGGCCCAAGUGGCAAGGAAAGCUGCGGUCGCGAACGUUCCACGAACACCUUGCGCCUCACGUGUUGCCUCAACGCUUGUCAGCGUUGCUGGGGUUGAACAUUCGCUUAGUUAAGCGCUAUUACGUUCCUGACGACACGCUGCUCUUAGCGGUGCACGUAGAAACUCCACAGGGGCGGAAAAGCGUGGCGUCAUGGAGCGCAGCCGACUUUGUCCGCCACCGUCCCCCGUUUAAAGAGUGGCGGCAAGAGAACUUGCUGCCUCAGGAGUACUUGACCCCCCGCACGAUCCAAGCGAUGGGCGCAGUCGUAUCACUUUCCAUGGGGGAACUGCGUGCCGUGUCCGAGUCUGUUCAGUCGUUGUACCCGUCGGACCACUCGAUCAUUCAAGUUCUCCGCACCCCGUAUGCGCUGAAUUGGCUCAGUAUUUACAAGGACACCCAUGUUUUUGGCUUGCGGCCGUCCAAGUCACUGAGUAAUCAUAUUGCCCCUCUUCCGACCGUGCCCGUUUUGAUCAAGCAAGUGACGUCUUCUCGCCGCGUCUCCGUCACGGCGACCAAGACGUCGAUGCCGUCGACGGACUUUCCCAUGACUUUUCACGCGAGUUUCUCCGACGAUUCGCAUCUGCGCAUCGGUCGGGGCCAAGCCAAAACCAUCGUGCUCACGUACACCGUGCCGUCAGGCUUGGUGCUUACCGUGUCGUCGGACGGAACGAUUCGCCAGCAAUACGCCAACUCGACGACUCAUGCCGCCACCCCCAACGAACACGAAGCGUACCGCGUGGUCUUGGGUAAAGGCACGGUCGUGAGUACGCACAAGGACGGGUCACAAACCAUUAUGUACGCCAGUGGCAAGGCGGCGACGCGACGUUGUACUUCCGACCGGUUUGUCACUGUGGACGAGCAGGGGGUGGUCACUGGUGGCGGCCCCAGUACAGUAAACAAUGUCCGCGUUCAUAUUGACGUCGACCCUGAAACGCGCGCGGUGAUGGCCCACCGAGACCACGACGAGGUUAUCGUGGUCACGCAUCCCAAUGGGGCGUACUUGACGCAGCAUGGGGACGGCACGCGCAUGUACGGCAACGCCACCAAUACGCACGUGGUGGUGCAAAAAGAAGGGUACGCUGAAGUGAGCGUUGACGUGGAAGUCAACUUGACGGCGCAACGCCAUGCGUUGGGCAUUCAAGUGGCCGUGACCAAGGGUGGCAUCCGCACCCGCAGCGUCGUUCGCACGGACGACGGCACGGUCAUCGAAAUUGACUACGACACGCGGGUCAUUGCGUCCGUGAAUGGUAUCAUUCGUCUUCGCAAGCCGGACGGCACGGUGCUCGUCGCGUCCGACAACGGCGUGGUGGAGUUUCGACCGCAAAGUUUGAGUUUGGGGGACGCCCCGCCUACGCCGCGCAGGGAAAACGAGGAAGAACUGGACACGUCGACUGGAGCGUAUUACUUUAACUGUGCGACGGGAAGCUUGCAAAUGAACGACCCAGAGCAUAACGCGUACCAUGUGGUGGUGGGUGACGGCACCGUGGAGCCUGUGGUGGAGGUGGCGUUGGCGGGCGUGGUCACGACCCAAGACUGCGCCAAGUACGACGUGCCGCCCCUUCCCGUGCAAGCUGUGGUGAACGACCCCCUCGAACCGUUCCUGCUGCUCCUCCAUGGUGACGGCACGGCCACCGAAAUCCUUCGACCGUCGGACGUGGCCGACUACUUUCGGCAAGUCCAGCGCAAUGCGCACGUCCAGCGCGUGCCGACCAUGCCCCCUACGGGCACCCACAUCUACUUGCACCAUUUGGAUCGAUUCGAACACAACGAACGGUGGUUUGCAGACCACCACGAGCGCCGGCAAUUGUUUGACCAAGUGACGAUCCCAGCACGAGCUAGCCCUACGAUUUUGAAACGGCUGCACAACACGGCGCCGCUGCAAGUGCCAAGAGUGCAUAUUGUGCGCCAUAUCAAGGAAGUGACUCCGUUUACGCCAGCGCAAUUUGCGUCCAUGCUGCACGCGCUCGAGGCGUGGCAUGACUGGUGCGCCAAGCGCGAGAUUGCCCAAGACCAGUACGCCGUGCUGGAUCCCCGCGACUCGGAAACGAUGGUUGCGACGAUGGCAGUGCAAAAGAAGAUCCAGGCCGCGUACAAGGCUGCGCGUGCGAAAAAGAAAGCCGAGCGGCAAAAGUCCAAAGAGCGCGACAAGCACGACGCUGACGGCGACACCAACAUGUCGACGUUGCAAGAGGUCGAAAACGAAGUAGACGAAGGUACUUCGAGCGUUUCUCCCUUGUACUUGUGUGUAUUGGCGACGAGUGUCGGCUAUAGACGACGACGAGGACGAAGUAUACCAUGCGCUGGACGACAGCGACAACGACAGUCGCGACGAACUGGAGUUUAACGUCGAUGACGACUACGAGCUCACGUUGAACGCGUUUGGUCAAGCUGAUACGGAGAACACGGGGCGGCUCAAUGCGGUGCAAACUCGACGGGCGUUAGUGCAUGCGUUGGGCACGGGGGUCACACAAGCCGAAGUGAACGCGGCUAUUCCAGUGUUUACCGAGUGCGAAGACCAUCGCGUGACGUUUGAGGCUUUUUCCCGAAUGUUGCACGCGUUCCGAGAAGACCAAGACAUGGCAACGCUCGGAGACUUGCCCACCCCCCGGGGGGCGCUGCUGCCGUGGAAAAUGAAGUCGCCCCGCUCGAAAAUGCCGUCCCCCCGGCUCAAAUUCGGCGGCGGCCACUUGGCUGCGCCAUAAUGAUAAUACAAAUCUAUAUUGUGUAUAACUGUAUUGAUUGCU